AUGGUCUUCGCUCUUCAGCACUUAUUAUCUAAAGGUUUUGGUCAUCAGGUAGGGAAGGGUUUUACUAUGCCCAGCAGCCUGGGAAAGCGAAUUAUGCACAAGAGGGUUUUUAUACUUCCCAAGCUCCAACUUCUCCCAGCAAUCACGGAGAUAACUCAGAGAUUUUCUAGUGAAAAUAUUAUAGGGGAGGGGGGAUUUGGUCGUGUGUACAAGGGUUGGCUUUCAGAUGGAAAAGAAGUUGCCGUGAAGCAGCUUAAGGCUGGCAGCGGCCAGGGUGAACGGGAAUUUAGGGCAGAGGUUGAAAUUAUAAGCCGAGUUCAUCAUCGGCAUUUGGUAUCAUUAGUUGGCUAUUGCAUAGCUGAUCACCGAAGAGUGCUUAUCUAUGAGUUCCUUCCCAAUAAAACUCUUGAAUAUCACUUGCAUGCCAGAGGAGUGAAAGUCUUAGAUUGGGAGAAGAGGAUGAAGAUUGCAAUUGGCUCUGCAAAAGGCUUAGCAUAUUUGCAUGAAGACUGCAACCCAAAAAUUAUCCACAGAGAUAUUAAGUCGGCAAACAUACUUUUGGAUAAUGCGUUUGAGGCACAGGUUGCAGACUUUGGACUUGCUAGGCUACAUGACGAUGAUAACACGCACGUAUCAACUCGGGUUAUGGGGACUUUUGGGUACAUGGCUCCAGAGUAUGCAACAAGCGGAAAAUUGACCGAUAGAUCAGAUGUUUUCUCCUUCGGAGUUGUCCUCCUUGAACUCAUAACAGGGAGGAAACCUGUCGAUCAGACGCGGCCCGUGGGAGAAGAAAGUUUGGUUGAGUGGGCUCGUCCCCUUCUUCAUCGUGCUAUUGAGACCCGAGACUUCAGCGAAUUAGAGGACGAAAGGCUUAACAAGCAAUUUGUGGAGAGCGAGAUGUGCAGAAUGAUUGAAGCUGCUGCAGCAUGUGUUCGCCAUUCUGCUCCAAAACGGCCUCGUAUGGUUCAGGUGGUAAGAGCAUUGGAUAGUCAAGAUGAAUCAUGUGAUUUAUCAAAUGGGGUUAAAUAUGGUCAGAGCACCAUUUAUGAUGAUGGCCACUAUAGUGAAGACGCUAUUAUGAAGUUCAGGAAGAUGGCCAUUGACAGCUGUAGUGAAUCUGAAUUUGAUAGGGACAGUGGAGAUUGCUGUUCUUCAGUAGAGCUUUCUGGACAACAACAUUCAUGGCUCAAGGGCACUUCAAGCGGGGAGUCAGAGUGCCGGGCUUUCAAUGCAAGUAGAAGGACUUAG